CUUACUCCGACCGUCAUUUUUCGUCAAGUCCAUCGUCAAAUUCUUCCUCGUCGUCUUCGUUGCCACAUCUCUCUGCAUUUAUCAAUGGAUUCUGCUCUGCUAAUUCCUGUUGUUUCAGUAAUUCUCGGUGCCCUAAUCGUCAUUAUCUUCUUCGGAAGUUACUUUCGCAAGCGAAGAUCCGAAGUCCAAACCAUUUCCCAUCCGGAGCUUCCAUCGGAUCCGAAGAAGCACCAAAAGCCGUCUCAGACUAAGAAGUCUCACUCCAAACCUCACUCUCACUCCUCCGAUAAGGAUCAAAACAAGAAACAUCACCCGUUGGAUUUGAAUACAUUGAAAGGUCAUGGAGAUUCUGUGACUGGAUUAUGCUUCUCCUCAGACGGAAGUAAUUUGGUGACCGCCUGUGCUGAUGGCGUGAUCAGGGUAUUUAAGUUGGAUGAUGCAUCAAGUAAAAGCUUCAAGUUCUUGCGAAUUAAUUUGCCUGCUGGAGGUCAUCCAACUGCUGUCGCAUUUGGUGAUGAUGCAACCUCUAUCAUUGUAUCCUCACAAGGUCUGUCUGGUUCUUCCUUGUACAUGUAUGAAGAAGAAAAACCCAAAGCUUCAGGUGAAACUAAACAGCAAGCUAAGCUCCCUCUUCCUGAAAUCAAGUGGGAACAUCACAAGGUGCACGAUAAAAAAUCUGUUAUAACCCUAGUAAGUGCAACUGCUAGUUAUGGCAAUGCCGAUGGGAGUACAAUUGUGGCUUCUUGUUCAGAAGGGACUGAUAUUAGACUCUGGCAUGCAAAAACGGGGAAGCUGGUGGGUGAUGUUGACACUAAUCAAUUAAAAAAUACCAUGGCCACUUUGUCACCAAAUGGGCGUUUUAUUGCGGCAGCUGCUUUUACUGCAGAUGUGAAGGUAUGGGAGGUUGUUUACUCAAAGGAUGGUUCAGUUAAGGAGGUUUUGAGAGUUAUGCAGCUGAAAGGACACAAGAGUGCGGUAACCUGGUUAUGUUUUACCCCAAACUCAGAGCAAAUCAUCACUGCAUCAAAGGAUGGUUCAAUGAGAAUAUGGAAUAUUAAUGUGAGGUAUCACCUUGAUGAGGAUCCAAAAACUCUCAAGGUGUUUCCAAUUCCAUUACAUGAUUCAAAUGGUGCUACAUUGCAUUAUGAUCGUCUCAAUAUAUCCCCUGACGGAAAGAUACUAGCAGCAACGCAUGGUUCCACACUGCAGUGGUUAUGUGUUGAAACUGGAAAGAUUUUGGACACAGCUGAGAAAGCUCACGAUGGUGACAUCACAUGGAUUUCGUGGGCACCCAAGCCUAUUCCAUCAGGAGAUAAAAAAGUAUUGGUUUUGGCUACUGCGAGUGUGGACAAGAAAGUGAAACUAUGGGCAGCACCGACACUUAGUUGAUCACGAAUUGGAUUUGUUGGCUAAGAUAAAGUUAACUUUGGAUACAAGCCUCCUGAUUUGGUAUAUCAUCAAGUGCUUUUCUUGAAAAAGUUAUCUAAAUUCGAUACUGGAGGUCAACAAUUUCAACAACUGCUGCCGAAUCUUUUGACAAGUAAGACAAUUCGAUCUCUUUAUUAACAAUACAGCGUUUCGGUAACACAGUGGAUUUCAAACGUGAGAGGCUUUUUGAAACUAGAACCUUUUCUAUGGCAUAAAAAAAAAAGGAGAGAGGAAAGUAAUAGUUUUAGAUUUCAAAUUAUUACAUUAUGGUUAAAAGGAGAUGUUAGGAAUCAGAUACCGACGUUUUGUGUGAAGUUUGUUUGGGUAGAAAUUAAUGGUGUUAUAUUAGGUCCUUUCUCCACUUUGAACUUUGGUCAUGCUAUUGCUAUUUAUGCUUCUUUUUUAUUCGAGUGUUGGAUAUUUAGUUUAUAGGGCAUUAAUCGAGUUUAGUUGAGAAUUUCUUUGGACAUAAUUCAAUCAUUCAAGAAUCUAAUUAAUUUAACUUUGGUCUAA